AUGGUCUCCCCUCCCACUGUGAUUCUAGCCUUGGCAGGUCUCCUGGCGGGCUCUGCCGUGGCUGAGACUGUUCACGGGGUUGUUGUAUUCUCGAGACAUGGCGAUCGGACCGUGAAGCAUUACGGUGCGCAGGCCCUGACCAAUCUUGGUGCCACGCAAAACUUCCAGGUCGGCAGCGGCUACCGCGCCCGGUACCUUACUGCUGGUUCUCCGCACCGCAUCCUCAACAUCUCCGAGUUCAAUUACGUCUCGUCGCAGGUCUAUGCUGCCGCGCCCAACCAAGGCAUCUUGCUCAACACGGCAACGGCGUUCCUUCAGGGCCUGUAUCCUCCCACCGACGGCCAGGUUGCCGCCCAGACGCUCAACAAUGGCUCCAAGUCCGAGUCCCCCCUGGACGGCUAUCAGUAUGUUACCCUCCAGGGGGUGAACAAAAACUCCCCAGACACCAUCUGGAUCAAGGGUAGCGAUGGCUGCCCUGCCUACGCCAAGGCGAGCAACUCCUUCCAGAACAGCGCCGAAUUUUCCUCUCGGCAGGCCUCCACCCGUGACUUUUACCGUCGCUUCUUUCCUAUCCUGGAGUCGCCGGCGGUGUACGACUACACGUCCGCCGACAAUAUGAGCUAUGCCAAUGCCUUCGACAUCUUCGACCUGAUCAAUGUAGCACGCAUCCACAACGCCACGUCCCUCGCGAGGAACGUCACGGACGAGGAUCUCUUCCAGCUACGCACCCUGGCCGACAGCUCCGAGUUUGGCGCCAACUACAACACCACCCAGCCCGCGCGGUCCAUCCACGCCGAGACGUUCAGCGCCGCGGUCCUCAACCAGCUCAACCAGACCGUCACUUCCAAGGGGAAGCUCAAGUUCUCCCUCCUCGGCGGCAGCUACAACACCUUCCUGGCCUUCUUCGGCCUCGCGAACCUCACGGCCGUCGACACCAACUUCUUCGGCCUGCCCGACUACGCCUCCACCAUGGCCUUUGAGCUCUUUAGCGCCGACACCGUGGCGUCCUUCCCGCAGGACCCGGCCUCGGCGCUGCGCGUCCGCUUCCUCUUCCGCAACGGCACCGCCGGCGCCCUGUCGCCGUUCCCGCUCUUCGGCUCCGGCGCCGACUCGCUCGCGUGGCCCGACUUUGCCGCGCAGAUGCGGUCCCGCUCCAUCGCCACCGCCGCCGGGUGGUGCGCCGCGUGCGGCUCCACGGCCGAUUUCUGCGCCGCUGACGGGAACCAGGUCGACGGUCCGGCCCCUUCGGGGAGUGGCAUGUCCAACGCCGUGGCAGGCGUCAUUGGUGCGAUGGUUACCUUGGGCGUAGUGGCUAUCCUUGGUGUACUAGCGUUCGUGCUACUUCGCAAGCGCCGGGCCGCUCCCGCGGGGGCGGCGGGAGUGGAGAAGGGAAGUCUGCAUAGCGGGAGCCAGGGGCAUUGA